CAUUCUUUGCAGGUAAGAGAUGUAAGAGUUACCGUAUUUCACCAUGUCCUCAAAUCUGAAUAAAGAGAAGGAAAGGGAGAAAGAGAAGGAAAAGGAGAAAGAGAAGGAGAAGGAGGAGGAGAAGGAGAAAGGUGGCUGGCGUGCCAAGCUGUUGAAAUUGGUGGGGUGCAGUGGUGAAAAGCACAGCAAAGAGAAGAAGUGGCUGGAAACAUACGAGCAGGAGAAGCUGAAAUGCAUGCAGAGGCACAGGCGAGGAGACCGCUUCAGCCACGAGCUGCGAAAGGUCAUGCAGGAAGAUGCAGAGAGAUACAAGGAGGUCUUCUCCAGAAUUCAGCUGCGCAUCAAGGCAGUAAAUUCCACCAAGGAGUGGAGCGCUCUGCCCAAGAGACCCAGGAAGCAGAGGAAGGAGAGGAAAGUCUGGCUGCUGGACGUGAACCCGGCCCGUGACGUGUGGUUCUAUGAGGAGCAGGAGAGGCCGAGUGCCAACAUCCAGAAAUGGAGGACAGUGAUGAGGGACCUGCAGGAGACGGUGGAGUGGAGACGCAGGAUGGAGGAGUGGAGGAACAACCAAGACCCAAACUCCUUUGACAACAUCAUGAACCGGAUGCUGAUGAUGGUCUAGGAGGACUGCCAGGGACGGAUCGAGACAUUUUAGGGCCCUACAGGCGAAAUAUAAAUAUAAAAGGUCCUCAAAGGUCAUUAUAUAGGCAUAAAGUUCUGUGUUUUUGGUGCUAUUUUAUCGUUUUGUCUCAUGUAUCUUUGUAUAUUCUCACAUAAGUGAGUUGUGGGCCCCUAUGGAAGGCAAAUUGGGUUGGGGCCCUGGGCAAUUGCCUAGGUUUGCCUAAUGAAAAGUCCGCCUCUGAGGUCACAGUGCUUUUCAAAGUGGAUUGAAUAAUUUAAUA